AUGACUAUCAACCAAAAUGUGUUUUCUCCUGGAGACUUUGUAUAUUUUCAAUUACCGGAAAAUAAAAUACCUGGUAUUGCUUAUAUUGAGCGCCUUUGGACCACAACAGAUAACGUGAAGUGGAUGUAUGGUGCAGUUUUUCUACGUCCACAUGAAACUUACCAUGUGACAACUCGAAAAUUUCUUGAAAUGGAGGUAUUCAAGAGCAGUGCUUCCCAGACGAUUCCUAUGGACAAAGUGCUCGGCAAAUGCUAUAUCAUGCACAUAAAAGACUACAUAAAAAUGCGACCAGAAGGCUUCGCUGAUAAAGAUGUAUUCGUGUGUGAAUCGAGAUACAAUAUCCGAGGGCGCUGCUUCAAAAAAUUUAAAGUUUGGCCUUUCGUUCGCGAAAACGAUCCAGUUCGUUUUAUUACGCGCGAUGAGCCAUUAGAAUUGCGUCGUGUAAUGUCCGUUUUUAAAGAACGCAUAGAAAAGCACAAAGGCGAGUUGGAGGAACUAAAACUUCAGGAGACACUGGUGGAGAAAGAAAAACCCAAUGUCGUAUGUGAUGCACCGCCAAUCAAUCCUGAACCGAAUAGUGUUUACUAUCAGCAAUUUAAUACGAUUUGCAGUGGUGCUGUUAAGAUCGGCGACUUUGUAUAUGUAGCUACACAAAGUGGAAAACAAUCAAUCGCGCAAAUCCAUCAAAUAUGGGAACACUCAAAUAAGUCUUAUUUCAAAGGACCUUGGCUUUUGGCGCCAAAUGAGAUAGUUUCGCCAUUAAAUAAGCAGUUCUAUCGCCAGGAAAUCUUAUUGUCGACAGUUGAGGAUAUUAGCCCCUUAAUAGCUAUUGUUGGACGUUGUGCAGUGCUUGAGUAUGCAGAAUACAUAAACUGUCGUCCGACAGAGAUUUCAGAGAGUGAUGUUUAUAUUUGUGAGUCCGUUUACGAUGAGUUGAAAAAAUCCUUACGUAAACUCAACACGCCUGGAGGUCUACGUAAAUUUCAACACAGUGUUGAAGUAACUCAAGACGAGAUAUUUCAUUUCAAAACUCCUAUCAAGCCUUGCAAGGAACUUAAAGGCUCAGAUGUCAAUGAAAAUUUGGGUAUGCUUGAAGAUUCACUGGAUGGCAAUCCGCCAUCAGUUAAUUCGGACAUAGCCGCAAUAUCAUCGCCAGCACCUUCGGUAUCAUCUACACCGAUAUCCUCCAAGGCAAAGAAUAAAAACACUAAAAAGAGUCUUACUGGUUACAUACUUUAUUCGAGUGAAGUACGCAAAG